AUGGCGCCGUUUCCAGCAUACAUGGAGCCGUUUCCAGCAUACGUAGAUCCGUUUUUAUCGGACGUGAAGCCUGCGCUCUUGCCGCCAUUCGAGCCAGAGGGACCAAAGGCAGACAAAACCCCAAACCAGCCCAGUGAGCACGCGGGUACCAAGAAGAAGGAAACGGACACGAACAAGAAGAACAAAACGGUCGAGACCCCACAAGGGCCGACUGACCCCGAGGAUGCUCUUCUCAACGAGUCUGCCAAACUCACCCUUCAGGAUCCGGAGGCCAAGGAAGUGAAUGCCAAGCCGAUACUGCCAAAGCCAUUGCAGAAACCACUGCCACUCAGACUGCAGCGUGAACCGCCCUCGCAAAGAGGCGCACGUUACGCACGUGACAAUGCUACAUGGCGCCUCGCUGAUUCCAUGACGAACGAGGAAAAGCUGAGGGAUUUCUUUGCUUUCGCCGUUUUGUUGAAUGGGGCGGUAGCAACAAAGGCUGACUAUAUUUACCAUAGUCGCAACUUCGCUCGGCAGCAACAGACUCGUCCGAACCCGAAUCAGAAUCAGAACCAGAACCAGUCACCAAGCCGCACGAACACCUCGUCGCCGUCCGCGUACAGCUCCUCCGGCCUUGCCCCGCCAAGCAUCCCCGCAGUCCCCGGCCCGCCGUCCAUGACCACCAACAAUAUGCAAGCCAACGAGCAAGCUCAACAGAGCAAGCAAGGCGAGAAGAGGAUUCCGCUCUUCUUCCGUGAGAAGUACACAACCCUUAUUGUUAAGGGCAACUUCAUGACCCUUGCCGCGAAGCCUGUCUUGGUCGAGGAGGGCGAGUGGAUGUCGCAUCAGAGUAUGUCCAAUCGCGACGUUGACGUUGAGGCGCGGAUACCAUGACACUAAUCUUUCGUACAGUCGUUGAGCAGAAUCGCCUCCUGAGUGGCAUGGUCAAGUGCGUGCUGGGUACUCCGGACCCUUCCACUGCCCGUUCGCUCUGCAAUGAACACAGCUGCCCAACCAUGGCUGCAGGCUCGUAAGUUGUGACACAUGUUCAAUUAUACGUGAUUCACGAACGCUAACAUGACAUGUCAGCGUCAACUACACCUGGAUCGACACCAAUCGCCAGCCCAUCAACAUCCCAGCACCAGCCUACAUCAAGAACAUCCUGACCUGGGUCAACGGCAAGAUUCAAGACGAGAGCCUCUUUCCAACCAUCAACUUCAACACUGCACCAGCCUUGCCGACCGCGCAGCAAGUCGCCAAUGACGCUAGCCACUGGCUGGGCAAGACAUCUGGCUUUCCGCAGCGCUUUGAGUCGGAAAUCAAGCACAUGUACAAGCAGAUGUUUCGCUGCUAUGCACACCUCUACUGGCAGCACUGGCUCCAGUUCUGGGAGCUGGGAGUGAGCCGCGAGCUCAACACCUGCUUCAUCCACUUUAUCAACGUCGGCCGUCUCUUCGGCCUCUUGUCUGACAAAGACACUGAGCCAAUGCAGCCGCUCAUCGACCUGUGGGUUCGUCGUGGCGACCUUCCGAAGCUCAAGGAAGAUGAAAACGAAGCCGGCUCGUCAUCGACGGCUAGGGCCACAACUUCGACUCCUGCGCCGAGCACCUCCGCGUCGACUGCUCCAGCUUCGAGUUCGGCAGCUGCUUCUGCCGCGCCAGGAACUGCGGCUUGA